CGGUCGGGUCAAGUUUCCCAGGGCCGGGUCCACCACCAACGCACCACCAACGCACCGCCGUCCGUCUCCGUCCUCCACCUCCGUCGCAGCCGCCAUGAUCUCUUCGCUAGCAUGGAUCCGCAAGGGCGCCGCCAAGGAAUUCCCCGAAAAGUAUAAUCUCUCUGACCAAGAGUUCGAUCGCAUCGCCGGCGACAUUGGCAUCCAGGUCGCUGCCGCAAAGGAGGAGCUUCAGGCCGCCGAAGCCGCUGCCAAGAGGGCCAUCGCCGAGGACGAGGCUGCCGAGAGCGACGACCAAAACGAGGUGGCUGAUAAGAUUAAUCAGGACGACGACGGCGAUGAUGACGAGGAGGGCGAGGACCUCGUCGUCGAAGACAAGGAAGGCGAGGACCCGCUGGCCAAGUACAACCUGGACGACUAUGACCGGGAUGACGAGGAGGAGAGGGCCCGCAAAGACAUUCCCCUCUUUGGCAACAUCCGCGGGCUGACGUACUAUGCCUCAAACGAGGAGGACCCCUAUAUCCAAAUGAAGGAAGACGAUGAGGAAGAGGAGGAGCGCGCAGAGAUGCAGGUCCUGCCGACCGACAAUCUGCUCAUUGCGGCCAAGACAGAGGAUGAAAUCUCGCAUCUCGAGAUCUAUCUCUUCGAGGAAGAGGAGGACAACCUCUACGUUCACCACGACAUCAUGCUUCCGUCGUUCCCGCUGUGCAUCGAAUGGCUCGACUUUCACAUUGGACGAAACAAGGACAGAGAGGGCGCCGGCAACUACGUUGCCGUCGGCACCUUUGACCCCGAGAUCGAGAUCUGGAACCUUGACGUUGUCGACACCAUGUAUCCCGAGAUCAUCCUCGGAUCGCAGAAGCAUCAGGACAAGAAAGCCAAAAGGUCGCGCAAACCCAACCCAGAGCGCCACGUCGACGCCGUCAUGUCUCUUUCCUGGAAUCCCCAUCACCGCAAUCUAAUCUGCUCGGGCUCGGCCGAUCACACUGUCAAGCUGUGGGAUAUGAACUCGCCUGAGCGGGCCGUCAAGAGCUACGACCACCACAAAAACAAGGUCCAGUCUGUGGUCUGGAACCCAGUCGAGGCUACUGUCCUGGCUACGGGCGGAUACGAUAAGCGGGUGUGCUGCUUCGACUCGCGGUCGCCACAGGUCAUCUCCGAAUUCAAGCUUACUGCCGACGUCGAGUGUUUGAAAUGGGACCCGUUCCACCCGGAGCGGUUCUUUGUCUCGACCGAGGACGGCAUCGUCAAAUGCUACGAUGCACGCUCGCCCAAGGACUCGCUCUUCACUGUUCACGCCCACGACGGCGCCGUCAGCGCUUUGGACGUCUCUCGGAUCGUCGACGGCCUCCUGGUCACUGGCUCGACUGACAAGACCGUCAAGUUGUGGAACAUCAAGGACAACAAGCCCAGCUGCAUCUGCUCGCGCGAUGUCGGUGUUGGCAAGGUAUUUGCCGCCAACUUCAGCGUCGACUCGGCCAUGGUCCUGGCCGUGAGCGGUGCCAAGGGCAAAGUCGUGGUUUGGAACCUUACCGACAACGCCGGCGUGCGAAGUGCUUUCCGCGGCCAAGUCAACAUCCCGGCAUCAACAAAGCCCCGCAAAGAGUUUGCCACCGUCGAGGACGAAGAGGACGAGGAGCCAGAUGAGGAGGAGGGCGAGGAAAUGGAGGAUGGCGACGGCGACGAGGGCGGUAUGGAUGUCGACGCAUAGAGGCGGCAACGCUUUGCUGCCCAGCAUCCCCUGUGCUGUAUCAUCGCUUGUCAUUUGCCUUCAUUCUCGGACUCGUGGAUACGAUGAGGCCGU